CGCGUGGCUCGUCAAAAGCGCGGGAAAAUUCAAAUUUUCAUUUUUCUCUCGGAUUUUAGCAGUAGAAAUGUCUCUUUAUAUAAAAAAUCUAUUUUCUCGAGCAAUUCUUAUUGUGAGAAUGAACCUAACGUGUUUUUAGCACAAUGGUUGAAAUAGAGGAAGUAGAAGAAACGCCUGCAGCUAAAGAUGAAUUUGAUGACAAAGAGCCCGAGGAUAAAGACAAGGAAAAAGAGGAAACAGAUAAAAAGAAAACGACAGAUGACACCGAAAUUGAGUUGAAUGACCAGAAAAAUGACAGCUCUAGUUUGAUGAGAAAAGGGAGUGAUUCGGUAGAAGGAGAAAGCAAGCAAUCCCCGAUAAAAGUAGCACAAAAUGUACAAGUCGUCUUACAGAAGAUAGAAGAAAGCGAGACAGCCACACAAAUAUUCAAUGACGGGACAUUUGUUAACAAUUUUCUUGAGGCGGUAGAAGAACUAAGGCUGCGCAGGACAGUUGACUCUGAGAAUGAAGAUAAAAUAAAUGCUUUAUUGGCCGAAAAGCAUGAACUCCAAAGGAAAUGGGAUGAUGAAGUUGCAAAGAAUAAAUCUGAAAAAGAGCAGCACGAAAAACUGGAAGUUGAGAUACGUAAACAGUAUGAAGAACGUUUGCAACAGUACGAGAAUAUAAAGGAAAAGUACAAUUUGGCUGCACAGUGCCGCGAGUCUGAGAUGACCCAACUGAAAGACGAAGUGCGAGCUCUCCAUAUCACAAGAUACGACAUUGAGAAAAGAGCCAAAGGACUGGAGCGCGAGAUACAUCUUCAAGUGUCUGCCCGUAAGAAUCAUGAGUCACAGAUCAGUGAGCUGGACAGACGGUGUACAGAAACAACCAAGGAGUGUGCAAAAGUACUAGAACAGGUCGACAAUGUUGAGGCCAGUGUUCUGUCAGCCUCGCGACUGCACAAGAAGCUUAUGUAUACAAACGAGCACCACAAGUGUUUACUGAAGGCGUGCAAGGAGGAGAUGGAAGCCCGGACUCAAGAAGUUAUCAGUCUAAAGACCGCUGCAGCCAAACGGGCCGCUAAGGAUAGUGCAGUGAAUCAAGGGGAGACUGGAAAUGCAGUGGAGGCGUUAGAUAAAGAGCUGAGGAUGCAGAAGGAGCUUUGUCGACAGUACCAGAUGCAACUGGAAGAUUCGAGGGCGGAAGCUAAGGCUCUGGUGGACUCAUUGAAAGACGCGCAUCAUCUGAUUGACAGACACGUGGAUAUAGCUAAUAAGCACACAGAGACAGAGACGAUGAAUGCACUAGAAAUAGACGACUUAAAGAACGAGCGGCUUGAGCUGGAAAGCACACUUGCGGAGGAGAGACAGUCCAAGAAAGAACUAGAGGAGAGAAUAGAGACCGAGACCAAGACAUGGCUUGCUGAGAAAGAGGAUCUAAAUAGCCGCUUAAGCAAAGUACAGAUCGAUUACGAUGCUUUGUGUCAAGCACACAACAGCUUGGAGGAUGAAAACAGCAAACUGUCUGGACAAAACAGUGAGCUGACAGAGCGUGUACAAAACUUAACCAAUGAUGCAGCGAGUCUGCAAACCAGUUUGACAAAUACGGAGGAUGAUCUACGACAAAUUAGCAGUCAGUUAGAGGAGCUCAAGGAGAACCAUGCAAACGAGACUACUUCUCUAAAAGCACAACUUGCCAGUGAGCAGGAGCGUAAUCAGGAGAAUGCCACGGUGAUCCCCCAACUGAAGGACAAGUUAGCAGAGGCAGAAGUACAGGUGGAGAGCAUGUUUAAUGCUCUGCUAGACAUGAGAAAGGGCGCAAGGAAAGUGGAAACAGCGUGUGCCGAGACACAGACAGUCAUCUAUCAAGAGGAUGGAAGCACUCAGUGGGAAGAGCGAGAUAUAGGCCCAAUGAGAGCACAUGGAACCUCCAAGAGCGCGUCUUCCAACAAGGCAAGGGAUGUAGCUAUGGUAGACGAUGUGGUUGGAUUAACAUCAGAAAAAAACGGGGAGUCAGUAACAGAGGUAAACACCGAUAAGAAAGUCCUCACCGAUGUGCUUAUCAAAGGGACUGCUGAUAGCACUUUUAGCGGGGAUGUCAAGAUAAGCAGCCCAGAGUUCCCAAGUUGCGAAAAGCAGGAGGCCCAACCAGUAGGUGUCGAGAAAGAAACCAUUUGUCGUAACAAAAAUGAGUUAAAUGCUGUUACGGAAGUUGAAAAAGACCCCAAAAGCAUCGACAAAUGCUGCAUUUCUUUACCAGUGACAGUAGAUAAAAAAGAAAACCAGGAAAGCCAGACAGAACAGUCUCCUGAAAUAUCGGACAACAGCCAGCUUUUACUAUCACCCAUCUUCCAGUCCCACGAAAGUGUGCAGAUCGACGAAAGGCGCGUCGAGUAUCAGCGGAGUCUUUCUCAAAUAGCACCACACAGCAACAUUGGCAAAGUGGACGAUGGGUCAAGAUCAUUAAUCGACAACAAUGGAACAGAGAAAAAAGAAAAGCUUAUGGAAAUGGAAGCAAAGGAUUUCCACCCAGCAGGAGAUCAUAUGGAAAAGGGAAUGAGUGAUGGUAUAGAGGGUAAAAGGACCGGGUGCUUAAAGAGGCAGCCAUCAUCAUCUAAUCAGGAUGUUAAGUUGGCGCCAGUCAAGCGGGUGCGAUUCAGGAUUGAAGAUGAUAAACAGCAGAGCAACACGCUCGAUGAACCUGUUGCAAUUAAACAGGUGUCGAGUAAUGAUGAAGAAACAAAAGAAGCAAUGGUGACUCCGAUGGAUCCGCAGAUUGAUAGGCUCAGAUGCCAGGAGACUUCGGCUGAUCUGGAGGAUUACCAGAAAGAAUCAAGCAACAGCAGCUCAACAGCCUCAUAUCUCGGUGAGAGUGGUACCACGCCAAACGAGGAUAAUGUAUUGUUUUCGGACGAAGAGACCGAGGGUGACAAGUCAGAACGAGAAAACGAGACAGUGAAGGAACAGAUUAAUAGAAUACAACACAUGUUGAAGACAGAUCGCCUUAGAACCAACCGCAAACGCAAGUACCAAGACCCUAAGCAGAUGACACAGGAGCACACAGAUGAUGGGCCUCUACUGGAACAGGGGCCCUCUGGCAUUCAGUUAUAAGUUCACAGAGCUCUCACACGUGAAUACGGAUCGCCUAAGAACCAACCGCAAACGCAAGUACCAAGACCCUAAGCAGAUGACACAGGAGCACACAGAUGAUGGGCCUCUACUGGAACAUGGGCCCUCUGGCAUUCAGUUAUAAGUUCACAGAGCUCUCACACGUGAAUACGGAUCGCCUAAGAACCAACAGCAAACAAAAGUACCAAGACCCUAAGCAGGCGUCGCAGAAGCACAAAGAUGAUAGGCAAACACUAGAACAUGGACCCUCUAGAAGCCCACAUUCAAGCCUCUCGCUCUAACUAACAAUUUUUUGCAAUAAACUUAUAAAAUAAAAUAAAUUAUUUUUGCAAUAGACUUAAAAACAAUAUACACUGCUUGAGUUCUGACGACAGCAAAUGUUGCUUACCAUCGUUAUCUACGAUAUCUAGGGAUAUUCAGCUAAAACAAAAAACCCUCUAUACUGUAAAUAAGUUAUAUUUCGUGAAUGGUACAAAUACAGUAUCUUUUCUGUAUAAAUAUGUCAAUCACCAUACAUGGUUGAUCGUCAGAGUAAAAUUAUGUUUACAGAAAUAAAUAUCUGAUGUGUUUU